AUGGACUGGGAUUUAGAAGCUAUUGUGAGAGGAAGCACUAGUGAAGCCAUCAUCAUGGACGAACCAUAUCCUAAUUUUUCUAAUUUCUUUGAUGAACAAGAUGAAGCACUUGGUAGUUUUCCCGAAUUCUCUGAAACCACGAGGGUUCUUGAUGAUUUGGAAGAGCUUUACAAACCCUUCUACCCAGUUUUGCACCCUCUUUCACCGCACACCAUCUUUACAAGUUCCAUACCUAUCCCCAAAGAACCCGAAGAAGCCAAAGAAGCAUCAGAGAAAGUAGCUCCACAAGAGUUGCAAGUUCCCGCAGCAUCUAAAUCUAAAAAAAGCAAGAAGAACCAGAACAAGAGUGUGGUGAAGCAGGUGAGAACAGCAGAAGGUUUGGACGAUGCAUGGGCAUGGCGUAAAUAUGGACAAAAACCAAUAAAGGGUUCGCCUUAUCCUCGAAGCUACUACAGAUGCAGCAGUUCCAAAGGAUGUUUGGCAAGAAAACAGGUUGAAAGAAGCCACUUAGAUCCUGCUGUUUUUUUGGUUACAUACACUGCUGAACACACACAUCCUCACCCUACUCGUAGGAACUCUCUUGCUGGGACCACCCGCAAGAACAAUUUCAAUUCCAAUUCCAUAGUUGCACCUCCAACCACUCGUGACCAAAACACUUGUUCCUCAAAUUCCUCAGUAGUAAUUAGUAACUCUCCAAGGACACCUUUGGUGGUGCAAUCCAUUGUGACAGGUGUGCAACGAAGUAAGGGUUUGAAAAAAGAGGAAGACUUUCUUGAGUGGUUGGAUGAUAUUGAAGGUGCUCAAUUUGGUGAUGGAAAUUGGAUUCCAAGCACAGAUCUAGAGGAAUUGGUAGGAUUUGAGUACCAACAACUUGCACUAGAUGGCUUUGGUGACACCUAG